AUGCCAGAGGCUCAAGCUGCUCUGGAGCUGGACGCACCUGCCCUCCUGAAGGUUCGGCUGCCACUCCCCCAUCGUCUGAACUGCUUCCUCAGGCUCUGGGUCCUCAAGUUCUUGGCAUAUGUUUACUAUGCAGUCGAAAGAUUCAUCCACCCGCCACCACAAUGGACAAACCCUACCCUGAUCAAGCACUAUUCCUGUCGUCCAUCUCUGCCCACCCGAAUCUUCUUCCCCCCAGACUAUCAGGCCGGCGGCGCUCCACUGCCGCUAUAUCUGAAUAUCCACGGAGGUGGAUUUGCAGUCGGGGACCCCCAGCAAGACGACGAGUUUUGUGUCAUGUGGGCAAAACGGACUGGAAUGCUUAUUGUCUCUCUUGACUACUCCAAGGCCCCGGUCUACCCAUUCCCUACUGCAGUCUAUGAUAUAGGGGCUGUUGCUGAGGCAGUUCUUGCUGAUGCCAGUCUGCCUAUUGAUAAGACUAGAGUUGUUAUCGGAGGAUUCAGUGCAGGUGCAAACCUUGCACUAUGUGCAAGUCAGCUGCCUGGCUUGAAGGGCAGGAUCAAGGCGGCUCUGACUUUCUAUCCGAUUGUGGACUGGAGUCAUCCCCCCAACGUCAAGUUGGAAAGACGCCCCUACAAGGGCGGCCCAAAAGACUCGCUCGAGAUACCAAGCUGGUGGUUCGAUUGGGCGUAUGUCUCGCCAGGCCAAAACCGGCGUGACCCGUUGCUCAGCCCAUGCUAUGCCCGGAAGGAGGAUCUCCCCACUUGGAUCUACAUGAUCGGGGCGCAGUGGGACGUCCUCAGGUUGGAAAGCCAGGAGAUGAUCCACGCGCUCGCGGGGCUCCGGGGCCGGGACCAGGAGCGAGACUUUGAGGAGGGCACUUACAAGUGGACACUGGCGGUGGGAUGUUCGCACGGUUUCACCCAUCAUUUCGGGGCCAAGCCAGAAAAGAAGCUGAAGAGGGAGAAGAAAUGCGCCCCCAUCUACGGGGAGGCAAUCACGUGGCUGGGGAAAUGGCAUUAUGGUUCGAUGGUACUGAAGAUCGACCGUGGGCCCUUCGCUCUGACGGUCCACGUCCAAAAUCUUUCUUGCUACUUCUUGUAA